CGUUCGUGACGUCAAAAGACGCGUGGUUCGCUUGAGGGCGAACAAUAAUGGCCGCGUUCGUGUGGUGAAUGACGUUUUCGGCGGAAUAGUGCACAGGCUCCAUGAAAAACUUGACAUUUGUAAUUCUUAUUGAUCGAAGUUUCGAAUAAGAAACUCCCGCCAUUAGGGAAUCAUGGCGAACGCAUCAAAUGUUUUCCGGGUUGGAGAUUACGUAUAUGUUGAAACCAACCCGGCGUUACCGUAUCAAAUACGAAGAAUUGAGGAGUUGACUAAGACUAGUAAUGGACAAGUGGAGGCCAAAGUUCAGUGUUUCUAUAGAAAGAGAGAUUUAUCAUCAGCCCUUGCCAUGCAGGCUGAAAAACAUUUGUUGCAAGCUGAGGAAGAUGCAGAAAUUGAAAUGGGGGAUAGUGAAAUGGAAGAUGUGCUAAGACAUCAGCUGAGUCACAGAGAAGUUUUCUUGUCUAGACAGUAUGAAAACAUUAAUGCCAACACCAUAAGGGGAAAGUGUUUGGUGACACUUUACAAUGAAGCAGAAGUGUUACCAAAAUAUUUAGAAAAGGAGGACUGGUUUCACUACUUUCUGGUUUAUGAUCCUCAACAAAAAACCUUGGUAGCAGACAGAGGAGAGAUGGGAAUUGGGACAGCAUAUCAAGCUCAAGUGCCUAAAACAGCAAGAAGAGGACUUCAAGAUGAUAGAGAUCUUGCUAAGCUGGAGACUUUGGUUUGGGAUCCAAACAAUCCUCUACAGGAACAACACGUUGACCAGUUUCUUGUGAUUGCAAGAUCUGUUGGUACAUUUGCAAGGGCUCUGGAUUGUAGCAGUUCGGUAAAGCAGCCCAGCUUGCACAUGAGUGCUGCAGCAGCAUCAAGGGACAUUACAUUGUCUCAUGCAAUGUGUGCUCUACAUAACAAUGGUUAUAAUGUGAGCAAGGCAAUAGCUAGUCUAGUUCCUGCAGGGGGACCCAUCCUGUGCCGUGAUGAGAUGGAGGAGUGGUCAGCAGGUGAGGCAAAUCUGUUUGAAGAAGCCCUUCAGAAGUAUGGAAAAGAUUUUACUGACAUUCAGAAAGACUUUCUUCCAUGGAAGAGUCUUUCAAGUAUAGUGGAAUAUUAUUACAUGUGGAAAACCACAGACAGAUAUCUACAACAGAAACGACUGAAAGCAGUUUCAAAGGAAUGUAAUUUAACACAGAUAUACAUACCUGGCCUUGGUGGAAACACGACCCAGUCAGGGAAAAAGCAAACAUCAACCAUUAUUUUGACUCCACCACCGGGUGUGGCAACCAAUCUUUUUGGUGUGUCAUGUGAAAGCUGUUACGGAACAUCAUCCCAACAAUGGUAUCCCUGGGGAGUUCCAAAUUCUCAGCACAAGUUCUGGCUUUGCACACUGUGCUGGAUUUACUGGAAGAAAUAUGGUGGCUUGAAAAGACCAGACGGAUUAUCUGGAAAGUCUCAUGGCAGCCUGCAGCCAAGUUACACAUGCAGAGUUUGUGGGAAGGUCUUCAACAGAGCAGGUUUGAAUUUUAUUUGUUCCUUCUGUAAUGUAAAUCAAUGUGCUACAGGGUCUCUUCCUAUUCAUAACGAUAUGGGCUCAAUUAAUGUUUAUGUACAGGUGUUUAAUUCCCGUCCAAACCUCACGCGGCACCUGACAGCCGUGCAUGGAUACAGACCUCCCAGCCCACGUAAACUCAAGCCCAGGUCACCAUUCUAUAUCAAAUCCACUCCAUUGACCAGACUAGCUCGGAGGCUCUGCCAGGAUCUCUAUAACAAAGUACAUCACUGCCGAGUUCCUGGGGGCACGCUCAAUAUCCAAGAAAUCAGAUCGCAGUGUCUGAAGAGACUUGAGACACCUGAAGCAGACGCCAUCAUCAAGGCCAAGAAACAAAUGAAGAAGCGAAAAAUUCAUGAUGCUGUGGACAAGAUCAAAGCAAACCCACCCAAACCACACAAGCCCCCCAAACCCCCAAAACCAACCCUACUACCACUCCCCAAGGAACAUUCACCGACUUCGCCGCCCCCACCCACCCCCACUGGUCACUCUAUUACCUCGCCCUCCAGAAAAAUGAUUCCCCCGUCUAAGAGUUAUGUACCUAUCCAGCCGACCCCGCCCAAGGCAAGUGAUUGGAAGUAUGCCGCCAUACCUUCAGCUAAACCUGUUGUCCAGAGUCAACAGGUGCCACAGGCGACCUCUAAUCACAUGAUGGCUAGGAAGCGAUCACAUGACAGCGGCAGCUCAGUACAACAGAAUGGAAUUGACGGUCCGUCACCAAAACGACUAAGUGCAACUUCACCUUUAGGAAAAAAGGGCUGCGAGUGCACCUACUGCGGAAAGAUCCUUCAUAACCAAGCGAGUCUGACUCACCACGAACAAACGAUGCAUGCGUCCACAGAGCCACCUAAACAGCGGUCGUAUCCUGCAUACUGUGACGUCAGUCCCGCUAUAGGUCCCGGAUCGACCAAGAUCGUGCCGUAUGCGCAGCACUCGGUGACGUCAUACAUUAAUGGGCAGCUUCAUUUAGAGCGAGCCAUGAACAGUGUGCCAAAUUACGCGGGGGUCCCUCCAGGGGCUGCAACCAAGCCUUACCUGCUUCCUAAGCCAGCACCGCCCCCGGCACCGGCGGUCAAAGGAAAUCCCGAGGGAGGGCUGAUUGUGAAUUCAGUGGCCGCUCCAGUGCCUAACAGGGUGAUAGUGGGUCCGAACACCAAGCCUGUUGUUAACAGUAAGCCCAGUCAGGUUAUCAAGUCUGUUGGGUCCAAGACUCAAGUCAAUCCACAAUUCAUUGAUCCACCCGAGGAGUUCCAGUUCCUGUCAAACAAACGCUCAAGGAAAGCUCGCCGAGCUUUGUCAGUGGACGUGCAAAGAAGAGUGGCCAGGAAACCGUGGAAAGAAGUCAAAUGUAGCGUCAAUCUGCGUGCUCUUAUCUACGCUAUGCCAGUCCGUCAGGAAAAUGAAACAGUGGAAGCAAUAGUUAUUGACGACGACUAACACGUUAUUCAUGAAGUCAUAUUGCGGUCAGCGGUUACUGCGUUUUUCUGGGUACUAGCGCCGUGAAAACCACAAGGAUGCGACAAGUGCGAAUCACAUGAUCGAAUAACUGAAUCACGUGCUUUAUCUUUUGACACGAAGUGACUACAAGGAUUGCAUGGUGAUAGUAUGAUAAAUGUGAUCGAGAUGCUGUGAUCACAUGAUGCAUCCAUAGACGCACGUGAUGUAAGCUACUUAAAUCACGCGACGAUCACGCGGUGAAACCGACUUCAAAGAUCACGUGAUAAGUAAGAAGAUUUAAGUGAAACUUUGUUUACAGUGCCGGUGUGAAGACUAUUUCAAUUUUCCUGGUGGACUAUAACAAAGGGAAAAACUACGGGCUCCCUGUAAACAGACCAGAGGUUGCUAUUUCCAUUCGUAAGGAUCAAGUCUGUUUAUCUUGGAGUUGUGGUGUUGUAGAAAUUCUUUUCACUUGACUUGAAAGAUUGUUUUCGUUGACCUUGUGGGUUUUGCUUACCGUGGAAUGGUCUUGUUUUCUCAGGCGUUUAGUAACUGUAUAAAGAGCAUUAACAAAGAAGUAUAUAUAAUUCAUAUCUGCGCGGGAAGACCUUAAAGUGUUUUGCAAACAUUGUAUAAUAAUUACGAGUUAUUCCUUUUAUAACGAGAGAGCUAUCUAUUGUAUCAGAUUUUUAUUUUAAAGUACUUUGUCUGUCAGUGUUAUGAAAUGUAUGUAAUUAUUUAUUUGGUCUUUGGCAAGACCGUAAGUGCCUUUAGACGGUCUUUAAGCUGAACUGCAGUUUUGGCUUUUGUGUUGCCAUGAAAACAACAGGCUCCAUUUGUGUUCUGCCACUGACUUACCGCAAGGGAAAUUUUUGUUAUGCGAAUUCAGCAACGAAUUGCAUUUACCUUUGGUGCCUAAAAAACCUUGCUUUUCCGAACUUGGGUUUCCAGGCAAUUAUCACUCGCUGACUUCGGAAAGAGCCUAAAAGCGUUCGGCAUUUCUCGGCAGCUCAUCGUAAUACGAAGGAUAUCAUUGGAUAGACAGAGUCACGUGGAUUUUUCAACUGUAACAAACUGUAACUGAUAUUCUAAGAAGACUGCUGCUGGAAAACAUUCGAGUAAACAAAAUAAAUUGUAUAUAGUUAUUAGA